ACCACCCUAUUAGGCUGUUCCCGAUAUCACUAUUUUAUUGGUUUAUCACUGUCGUUCUUCCUUCUCCGUUUCAGAUAGAAUUACCCCUAUUCUUCCAAUACUAUUCAUUUUUCUCUUUCUUUCUCUGUCCUCCAAAUACUUCUCCAGCCUUUUAUUUCCCUCUUGUUCCAUCAUAUUAGCUUAACUCCAUUAAUGGACAACACCAUUGACCAGUUGAAAUCAUCUUCCUCUUCGGAAGAGGAUCAGAUGGACUUGAUGAACAUGAUGAUGAUGCAACUUCCUAACGAAUUCUCUUCACCUAAUUACGCUGAUGAGACCAGCGUGCAAGGAUUCCACCCAUCACCACAGUUUCUUGGUGCACGCAGUGGCAGUACUAUGCAACUAUCAGAUUCAAUCGAUAACAGAAAUUCUAUCAUGCCCUGGUCUUCACCAUCAACCACAAUCUCUUUCUCUAACAACAACCCUACCUCAAUGCUUCAAACAGAAUUGCCAUCUUUGUUGGGAAAUUCAGGUGCAACGGAGAAUAAGCGGAACUCAAUGGCGGCGAUGAGGGAGAUGAUAUUCAGAAUAGCGGCCAUGCAGCCAAUACACAUAGACCCUGAGUCAGUAAAGCCACCAAAGAGGAGGAACGUGAAGAUCUCGAAGGAUCCACAGAGUGUGGCGGCGCGGCACAGGAGAGAAAGGAUAAGCGAGAGAAUAAGGAUACUGCAGAGACUGGUCCCCGGAGGAACCAAGAUGGACACUGCUUCAAUGCUUGAUGAGGCCAUUCACUAUGUCAAGUUUCUCAAGGCCCAGAUUCACUCAUUGGAACGUGCUUCUUCUUCUGCAAACAAUAAUAAUAAUAAUAAUGCAACUGCAUCAGGUGCAGCUGCAGCUACUGCCACUCUCAAUGCCCCUGGCGCCUCUUAUCUUUCUCUACCUAAACCUUAUCAAGGUCGAAAUGCUCACCAUUAUGGAGAUGCAUGAGAUGAGAGACUAAUGUACCAUCCUACCAUAAUCAUUAUUAAUUAAAUAUCCUUUGAGGGGAUAGCCACUAUUGAGUAAAAUAUUAUUUUAUGUAGGAUAUGUGCAGGUCCAACUUUCAUAUAAUAGGGCUA